UUCCGCUCUCUCUCUCUCUCUCUCUCUCUCUCUCUCUCUCUCUCUCUCUCUCUCUCUCUCUCUCUCUCUCUCUGUCUCUGUGUGUGUGUGUGUGUGUGUGUGUGGUGCUAUUUUUUUAUAUAUAGCUAUAUGUCCGAUGGAGGUAACUACUAACUAGGGAGCUGCAUUUUUUUAUAUAUAGCUGACCGGCUGCACCAUGUGUGAGAGUGUAGGACAGUUGGGGAGAGAGUGUGCCAGACAGGACGGGAGAGAGAGGAGAAGGACAGGACAGCCCGGGGUGCGGUCGAGGUAGCCAUGGAGCGAGGGAAGGAGAGAGAGUAAGAGAGAGAAGAGGGAGGGAGGGGAAAGACGCCAAGAGCGAGCUUGAAGACUGUACUAGACAUCCCUUCAGCAAAUUUGAGAAGGUUUCGUUCGGAGGGCUGAUUCCGGGACUUUUCACAUCAGAGGCGUUGGGAGUGAUCGUGUCCCUGGUCCCAAGAGACUUUGGCCCCGGCGCCAUUGCUGUUCCUUCCAUGACUUGUCGAAGCAGCAGGCCACUGGAGAGCCCGGCCUGUCCCCACACCCUGGCACAGAAGAUGAACCAGAAGUCAGUCGCUGUCAAACUUAGGACUGGCCAAGGGUACACCAACGGGGCGAGCUCAGUUGCACUGUUGAAAUAGAGGCCCAAGUUCGAAUCCAGUUGCAACGAGAAGAACAGAAUAACAUAAAUCUUGUCUUGUCUUGAUUUAAAAACAAGAGAUUGGGCAAGGGAUGAAAGGAGGGAAUGAGAGAAGGAACGGAAUGACAUAGGAACGGAGAAAGAUACGAACGGGAGAGAAGCGAGGCCGGAGGAUCACCAAUCACGAAGGCACGGAGAGAGAAAAUAUUUGACGGCAGUUUACGAUUGCAAACAACGUAGGCUGACAGACAGUGGGGACCACUUGGCAGUGCGGUGGACAACGAGGAGACUGUUGAGGCGAGUGAGAAGGCGGUCGCUUGUGUGAUGAGUGGAGGUCAUUCUGGUGGCAGAAAAAUGGCCUGUAAGGACCUCGGUCGGAGCGGCCAGUUUUCCUCUGUGAUGAAGUCGAACAGGUGGGAUUCUGAGCCAGCAGGUCUGCGCAGAACUCGCUGGUCCCAGAGGUCCCGCAGCGGCAUUAGCAGGCCUUCUUCCUGGCAUUGUGGUGGGCUUCUGCUGGCUUUUCUUGCCGUGGCAAUGAUAUCGUUUUACCCUACGGCUGUUAUGGGUCAAUCAGGCGCUCUUUCAGCUCCAGAUCUGGCUAGUUGCCAAUUCUCACUUCGUGUGGGUGGCCAGCCGUGCUGCCUACAGAAGCCAACUUCAACGACUCCAAGAUACGCGUUCCAGGCGAACACGUCGAUCCCCCAAGGUGUCAGGCAAUCCUAUCAGACUGCAUUUAGCAAUUCCGCUUACGUGAGGAAGUACACUGAAGCGUACCGGAAGAUGAAGGCACUGGACGGGGAUGAUCCAAACGACCCCCGUGGCAUGGAGCAGCAAAGGCGUGUGCACUGCGCUUACUGCAGCGGAGGGGGAGCAUACGGAUCUAACUACGAGAUGCACGGCAACUGGUUCUUCCUACCCUGGCAUCGAAUGAUGCUCUAUUUGCAUGAGCGCAUCCUUGCUAAUCUGGCAGGAGAUCCCGGGUUCAAGAUCCCCUUUUGGAACUGGGACACGUCUAGAGGCCGGGAAAUUCCCAGAGAGUUCCGGGACCGCACCACGGCGCUACACAAUUCCCGGCGCAACACGGACGACAAUGACCUCAGAGACAGGAUGGAAAAGGGAACUACAAACCGCAUCAUGGAAGUCAGCGUCCUCGAGGCCGAGACCAUGGACAUGUUCCUAGGCGGACCUAUUGGCAACGGCCGACCUGGAGCGUUAGAAUAUUCCAGCCAUGGCGCUGUUCAUAUGGCUGUUGGAGAGCAGAACAAUCCAUUCCAGGACAUGGGCAAUCUGGGCUUUGCGGCAAGAGACACCCUCUUCUACGGUCAUCAUGCCAACAUCGAUCGGCUCUGGUCCGUCUGGACAGGCUUGCUCCGGACGGAUGGUCGGCCUCGCAGGAAUCCCACAUCCGCUGCAUGGCUCAACUCAGCUUUUGCCUUCUACGACGAACGGAAAUCAAUUGUGUCCAUGCGUGUGUCUGACACCGUGGAUCCCGCCAAAAGUCUGCGGUACAGUUACGAGAAUGUCAAGAUGGAAUGGCUUCCUAGCAACAACAGGUUCGCUGCUGCCACGAGUGUGCUCAAGCCAAGGCCAUCCCCAUAUCUUCCGUCGAUUCCAACAGAUUCCCAAGAUGUGGUGAGAGAACUCGAUGAAGGAAGCGAUGCAGAUGAAGAAGGACAAGAAAGAGCAGAGGCAGCACAAGUAGUUCCAAUGGAAGGAGAGGACAAUGAGGACCUCCCGCAUGAGUACGUUAUGCUUGCUUCGAGCUCCCCCUUCAGUUUCCGAAGCAACGCCUCACUCGAGUUCUCCCUCCGACUACCUUCACGCCCAAUGUCGCCCCGGGUGAAAGUCGAGGUCCUAUCAUUCAAUGGCAUGGGGUAUGAGAGGUCCGAAAGGAUUGCUUUCCAUGUGUUCAUCAAUCAACCACAGGCAACCAUACAUACCAAACGCGAGGGGAAUCCUCACUAUGCUGGGUCAUUUUUCCACACACCGAUCAGUGACAGUGGCACCAUCGAAAGAACUGUCAAGUACCCUGUCUUGUACACCCUCCAGCGACAGAAGUGGAGCAAAAAGGAAGUGAACGUCAAGCUCAUCCCAGUCCUAGGCGACUAUGCUUCUGAACAAUGCCACCGGCGCAAACAGAAAAGAGUCGUAAAAUUCAAGUCAUGCUCCAUCGAAUACGUCAGAUACAAACGCCCGUGAUUGUUCCACAAGCAGCAGAAAAAACUGCAGUCGCCACGACCACCAUGCCGCACCCCCAUUCGUGCUGCCGUGACCAUCUCCGUGGACUUUGCUACUCCACCUCACAGCCUGAGCUUCUGGGAACAGAUAUUGCAGUUGCACCUGACUUAUAGCAGCAGUAGUACAUGACAUCUAAGGGCAUCAGUAGCAGUGGCAGCAGCGGCAGCAGCAGCAGCAGUAGCCCACGCCAAUUGUGGCAGUAGCUGUGGAAAUAGCAGUAGCUCUAGCGGUUGCCCGUCGCAGCAUCACUACUAGGUAGCUGUAGAUGAGCUCACUUAGAACAGGGGAUGAGCUAUAAAUCCGGUGGCACUAGCAGUAGGAUUGAGAAUGACAGGUGCAGGUGACCUCUAUGACAAUAGCACUUGACUUUGUAGACUUAGCAGCAAUAGCAGUGGCAUUGGCAAUAGCGGCACAGAUGGCCGUAGUAGUAUGGAGGCGUAACAGUAGGAAUGCAGUAUGAAUAUCUACAGCACUGUGAUAGCAGCCUAUAGCACUGUGAUAGCAGCCUAUAGCACUGUGAUAGCAGCAGACGAGCUUCAGCUUAUCUGCAGCAACAAGACUACUUCACCUUUUCAAGCAGCUACAGGAGCAGAGCAGCAAGAAUAGUGAAAGUAAAUGUGGAAGUAGCAAAAAAGGAGCGUCCUACCUCCCCCUUCUCCUCCUCCUCCUCCUUCUCCUCCUCCCCCUCCUACCCUUUUUUCCUUCUCCUCCUCCUCCCUGUCUUGAACUGAAGCUGAACGACGGACUUCUUUCCUUGAGGUCGCUGGUUGAUGGUUGUCUCCUCCUCCUCUUUGACUCUGCUUCUUGUCCUGCCCAC